AGGAUUGAUUGAUUUAAACUAAACGAUUAAUAUGCCUCCAAAAAAAAAAUCAAAAAUGAAACUGACCGUUUAUUUUUAUUUUCACAACAACAUACUGUAUGUCACUACACGGCUUUAGAUAAUGCACACCAGCUUUUCGGUACGGACAUUAUUUUCGCCCAGAAUUCGAUAUUAAUAGUAUGUCUAAAAUAUUUAUAGGACGUGUAUUGUGAUGGCCAAAAGUUUGAAAUCUGUAUAAAUUUGGUAUAUCGUUUUGCUUAAUAAAUUAGUUUAGAGGAGCACGCCUCAUGUGACUGUUUUGGUAUAUGAUGGAAGCGAAAGCAGCAUAGUGAAGUUGGUAAGAAGGAAGGGAUGGCUUAAUAGCCGCAACAUCUGUUAAAAGGGGAGGUAUUGUGGUUAAAUAAGGUAAAAGAUGUUGGCGGGUGGCGGCACUUUUUGCAGUCAGAUACUUUUGUUUUGGUAAAUAUAGUUUUUAUUCUUAUUUCGUUUCAUAAAUUUUCUUUUAUUUAGUGUUUUUGUUUCAGCUUUUGUUUACGAUCACAGUACUGGCUCCCAUGGUUUCUAACUCUCACGCAUCUGGCGUGACACUCUCACGCUCAUGCAAGAAAUCUUACAGCAAACCUACCUUAUUCCAUUACAAACCUAAAAUUAGCCACAUCGAAAGCUUUGGGGUAGUUUGCGAAACGUGCAGACUUUUAAGGUAAUGAAACUGUUACAUACAUUUACGUGAGUGCGCAGACCUUCAAAUUUAAAAAUUUCUCAACAGUCAGCUGACCAAAGUUGACGACCCUGGGUCCCAACAAGCCCAUGAACUAACACACUUCCACUAUCAUUCACCGUAGAAUAAGCCCAGAUUAUAGCCAAAACACAUAUUCAAUGGGAAUUCUAAGGCAGACAAAUUUAUGGCUUUAAUAAUGAGUGUAUUUAGAAGCUACGAGGACAAAAAGCUCUCCGUUCUAAUGGUAAUUUAAUAAACAGACAACACUUCCAGUGGUUUUGCCUACUCUUGCAGUCCAUCAUUCAGAAUAGUUCCUGUGUGUUUUCUCUUCAGGUGCUCUUGCAUAGCAUGAAUGCCCCUGUAGUAUGUUAUCGUGAAUUUGCACACUCUGCAAACCACCUUCUUGUUUGGUGACAAUUUGAACUACUUGCAUAAUUACGCAGUGAUAUUAAAGGAUUCAUGUGUUAAAAUGAAUCGUUUUAGAAAUCAUAAAGGUAAUUUCUUUAAUUUUUAAAAAACGAUGCAUCGAUUUUUAAAAUAUUUAUCGACGUCAUCGACCACGUCGACUAAUCAAGGCAGCCCUAAUCUGAAGAUCUCAUUACACGCCAUCUUUCAGUCAGUAUUUAUUGGAUGUAUGUUUACUGUGCACAUCAAGUAAGUGCAUGUGAUCGUGAAACAAGUUAAUCAGUGUUUCACAUUUAUGCAUGCGUGCACUCCUGAAAUAAAAUGCUAUCCUUUUUUUGGAAACGAAAUCUUUCCUGUUGUCUUCAAAAAUAUGCUGCUCUGCUGCACUACAAUACUGGAGUGAGGCCAGUACAGGACUGGCAUGCCCGUGUUUCCUAGUCCUUGUUAGUGCUGCAGCAUUCGGCACCAACUGGAGUUCAUUAAUCAUAAAGGCGUGUACCAACUUUUCUGCCACCUGACGUGAGAACAUUGCUCUAAGAUUUUCAAUAUUCCUCAGAUGGAAUAAAACUGUUUUAAUCAUGUUGUUUAUGUGAACAUUUAGAGACAAGGCUGAGUCGAUAGUGACACCAAGACUUUUAACCACUGUGCUUACGUUGACUAGGGAGCCGGCGAGUUUUAUAUCGACGGCACCCUGGGCUGUAAUUCUAGCUAAUUGCAUCCACGCAAAUGACGUUUUCGCUCUUUAUCAGGACCCUCGUCUUGCAUGUUCUGUCUUCCUUCCUCCAUAUUGACAAGUAAUUGAGAAGGAAAAUUUUUAGUAGAUGCUUUUUAAUAAACGAGUUUAAUCAAGUAGUUGCGACGGCUCUACUGUAUACCUGAAUAACUAACAAUCGAGGUUUGAAGAUCUGAAGCCUUUCAUUGUGGAAAAAUAUGCAAGAACAAGAUGUCGUUAGAGGAGGAAGCCUUUUAAAUUCAGCACUGUAGUGCAGGAAUAUGGAGUACCGGGACUCUACUUGCCAUUUGUCUCCUGUAUAAAUGCAAUAAGAAUUGUGUCUGCAUUCUUGGCACAAAAUUGAAGAAAUAUAGCAAUUUAGAAGCCCCUAUGAAAGGUGCAUCUUGCCUUCACUCCUGCUUGUAAUUUUCAUGACAAGGUACCGUAUGAAAUAUUAACUGUGGCUGAAAAGGUGCCUGGUAUAUAUUUGCGCAUGAUGUCAUGCUUUUAACCUUAUGAAAGUUGACACCUCAAAAUACGAGGCUUUUUGGAUGGCUAGAAUGGAUUGCUCUGGGUUUUGUUCAUGAGUGAGAGUGAGAUGGAAUAUGAGACUGAGUUUUGUUAGCAUUGAGGUCCUUUGUAGAUUCAGACUCAUGGUCUGUCUGUCUAUCCUUACGUCGGGGAAAGAAAGACGACAUUACAAGUACAGGCUGUCAGAAUUAUGUUUUUCCACAGGGUUUCUAUACUCUUUUACUGUGAUGGGGUGAGGAGCUUGUAAGGUCCUCAAUAGUCAGUGUUCCUUCCGAUCAAAAGGAAUAACCUGAGGAUAUUCAGGCAUAUGUAAGGAUGCCACUUACAAUGGCUCCCAAAGAAAGUGCUCUGGCCACAUCAUACUGAGCAAAAGCCCAGAGGAAGAUGCUGGAGAGAUUAAAUCUCUCUGCAGGCUUGGAUCAUCUAGGGAUCCUUAGCUAGAGCCUGUCGCCAUGGAAAGACAUGUAGUUUGACCUGCCGCUGGGAAAGCAGAGGGAAGAUGAUGGGUGAUGAAUGGAGAGUGCAGUAGGAAAUUGAGAGCAUCUAGUUCUACAUUAUUAACGUUGAGGGGUGGGGGAGGGGGGCACGUGAGCUAGGAACGGUAUGCGUUUAUCUCCUGGUUAUUAUAACUAGCCAGCAGGAAGCAGCACAUUUGCCAGGGGUCAUUAGACGUGUGCGAAAAAACGAACAUCCUUGAAAAGACGGGAGAAAGUUGAUCUUACAGUAUUUUGUUGUAUUGUAUUACGUUCCUGAGUAUUCUGUAGCGUAAGGGACGAUCCUACAUAUAUUAGUCAGUAAUGCUGCUUUGUGCGCCAAUGGGAUGCAGGGUUGUGCUGUUUUUCCUGCAUAUAUUAUGCAAAUGUAAUGGCGCCUGCGGAUUGUCGGCAGCCCGGGACAAGCUGACCUGGGAGGCUCUUUGUUCUGCGAGAUUCUGCGGGCUGGCCGCCUGUGCUGGCAAUCCGACUUUUUCCUCCUGCAAAAGCUACCUCGAACUCCGCAUAAGAAGAGUGCAGCCAUGACAGCCGGCGAACAUGCGUCUCCAUAAUGCCGUUUCGGGGCGGGUGGCCGCUGUAGCAUGACUACCCCUUGCUGUAUUAUGACGAUGGAUUUUGGUGUUUGUCAGCUCCGAAAUUUCUCUAAAUCGUUUUUAUCGUCAUUGCUGAGUGCGGAAAAUCCAUCGCUGUUUUUUGAUAAUAGCUCUUCAGGUGCUAACGUGGUGGCCAUAGACAACAAAAUUGAACAAGCAAUGGACCUAGUAAAAAGUCAUUUGAUGUAUGCCGUUCGGGAGGAGGUGGAGGUCUUAAAGGAGCAGAUUAAAGAACUGAUUGAAAGGAAUUCGCAGCUGGAGCAGGAGAAUAGCUUGCUGAAAAAUCUGGCCAGUCCAGAGCAGCUCGCACAGUUUCAGGCCCAAGUCCAAAGCGGGUCACCGCCAGCAUCCACGCAGCCGCAAGGGGCAGCGGCCCAGCAGUCUGCCCCACCUGCGCAGUCGGCUUCGCAGAGUUCUGGACCUUCUGCGUAGCACAAGGUUACCCAGCGAGACAAACUAAAGGCCGAGGCAAGAAUGUUCUGCAGAGACUGAACAGUUCGAUUUAAUAUUUGCACAUUUUAACACUCGAAACUUGACACAUGACAGCAGUAUGCUUUGAAACACUUUACACAUCUCGGACAAUCGUCUAGGGUGAAAUGAUUAUUGACGGAAAUAAUUCUAAACCAAAACCCAUGGACUACCAAGAUCACUGAGAAUGUCACGCAAAAGCGCCUCAAAGGAUCAUUGUGCCUGUAUUGUAGGGACUUAAGUUUAUGCCUAUUCAUUGGUGACCCCGGGAUUGUACAGAGGUUGCCAAGCUUUUGUGUGUAAAUAGGCCUUUUUUGGAGACUGUGAGUCAAUUUUAAGAGCAAGCACUUUCUUGGUGAAGAUUGUGAAGAGGUUCUGAUGACCACUGACACAUUAUCUCUGCUUUUGGUACCGGAACUGAAAAGAGAUUUUCAUUGGAAUUUCACUAUAUAGUCAACAAUCUAUAACAUACGUCAGUACAUUCGUUUUGACAUGUGCUAAAUGUGCCCAAUGAAUGGAAGUAAUUUCAGUAUUCAUUUUAAGUGCUCAUUCUUGCCUUUAGUAAAGUGCAGAUAAAUGCUUCUCCUCCACCUCAGUUCCUGCCUUUAAAGCAGUAACAGCUGCUUUGAGAAUUUGUGGAGUUGGUCAGUUUAGCUCAAUUUUAAAUGAGUUAGACAUAUGUAUUUAUUGUAAACACUGAACUGUAAUAAGAAGCAGGAAGGGAGAACAAUUUGGCUGGUAUAGGUGAAUGUUCAGCUGUCAUGUCAGACAAAUUUGGUUGGUCUUUUAAUGCUGUAAAUCAUGAAUGCUGCUUCCAUGCAAUUUAAGACUGAUUUUUUUUGCAUUAAAUUGUACUGUAAACCAUCGUUCAUUUGAAAUCUGUAGUAUUUUUCUUUUUAACGGUAAAGCACUCCAAGUAUGUCACAGUAAGCCCACUCUACAGGUAAUUCUGCCUACUGUGGGUCCACAUCAAUGUGUAGGAUGUUUGCUUAUGUUCUUGCAUGUUCCUCAAACCAGUGAAACGAUAACAAUUCACUUACACUUCUCAAAUUUCAAUAAAGAAAUGAAAAUGCA